AUGUCAUCGCGACUCACUACUAUCAAGGCGAAGGCCGUCUCGCUGGCUUGGACUGAUCAUGGACGUCUGCUCGCACUCUCUGUCGCCGCCAACCUGCUUACAUUCUUCCUGACUGUUCUAUCCUCGAAAUGUCCGCUCUUCGAUGCAUCACCACAUAUUCUCUUGCCGCCUCCGCCACACUUCUCGCUCCGCCACACCCUAGCGUCCGUAGUGCUGCGAUGGGACGCAUUCCAUUUUGCUCACAUCGCCAAAGAUGGAUACGUAUACGAGCACGAAUGGGCGUUCCUCCCUGGCGUGACCAGCGUCUGGCGUGGCCUUGUCGACUUAAGAUCCGUUUUUGGCUGGCCUCCACGCGCGCCUGGUUGGGAGGAUAUCCUAUCCAAUGCCUUCUAUAGCUCGGCGUUGUCUGUGUUCUCUGUGCAUGCGCUGUAUGACUUGACGAUGCUGCAGUUCAGGUCGCGCCCGAUCGCGCUGCUUGCCUCUUUGCUGUCGCUACUCCCCAGCAGCCCUGUUACGCUGAGGAUCGUAGGGUACACGGAGACGUUCUUCACCUUGCUCUCGUAUCAUGGGAUGUUGUGCUGCGCCAAAAAGCAGUAUUUCCGUGCAACAUGCUUUUUUGUGCUCGCGUCGACCUUCCGCUCGAACGGCAUAUUGCUGAGCGGCUUCGUCCUAUGGGGCCUCGUAGUAGAUCCCUUUCUCGAUAGUAGAAAGAUUCAUGUGGGCCGAACACUAUAUGCGGCCGCGCUAUGCGCACUCAUCCUCGCGCCGUUCAUCGGUUACCAAUACUACGCUUAUCGCCUCUUCUGCGUGGAGGCCAUCUCCCCAGCAUCCUGGUGCAGCGCCUUCCCCCCCUCCAUCUACACCUACGUGCAGUCCAAGUACUGGAACGUCGGCUUCCUGCGAUACUGGACCCCCCAGCAGAUCCCAAACUUCCUCCUCGGCGCACCCCCGCUCAUCCUGCUCUUCAACUACACCCUGCGCUACAUCCGCCUCGCACUCCUCCCCCGCCUCCACGCCUUCAUUUCCCCUCAGAGUCCUCCUGGUGCCAAGCCGUCCGAUACCCCGACGUCGCCGUUCCUCCCGCCCUCGAUCGCGCCGCACGUCAUCCACGCGCUCAUCCUGUCCCUGCUGCUCCUCUUCGCGUCGCACACACAGAUCGUGCUGCGCGGGGCGGCGUCGAUGCCGCUGACGUACUGGGCCGCGGCGUGGCUCCUCGUCGAGCGGCCGGCGUGGGGGCGGUGGUGGGUCGGGUGGAGCGUGAUCUGGGGCGCGGUCAGUUGUGUGCUGUGGGGGGUGUUCUUGCCUCCUGCGUGA